AUGGGCGACCUUCAAAGCUUGGCCUCAGAGCCACACCUUCUGCACCGCUCUCUUCUCAGCCGUCCUGAACCCGUCGCCUCUGCGUCAGGCGUCUGGAUCACACUAUCUUCUGGCCGUAAGAUUCUCGAUGGUUGCGCCGGCGCUGCUGUAGCCAUCAUUGGUCAUGGGAACACUGAAGUUCGCGAUGCUAUGGUCGAGCAGAUUUCAAAAGUGUCAUACGUACACACCAUGACCUAUACCACGGACAGUUCAGAGAACCUAGCCAAUUAUCUUCUCGAGGGAGAGCCGUUCGACCUGACGAGGGUGUAUCUCGUGGGCUCGGGGAGUGAGGCUAUGGAUUCGGCUAUGAAGCUCGCUCGGCAGUAUCAUGUUGAGAACGGACAACCGCAGCGCACACGCUUUGUUUCAAGGAGGCAGGCUUAUCAUGGGAACACUAUCGGUGCCAUGAGCGUAGGCAGCCAUUUGGCCCGAAGAGCUCCCUAUGAAAAUGCAAUCUUGCUCGACAACGUGAGCUAUGUUAGCCCCGCGUACGAAUACCGAGUGAGGAAAGACAACGAGACAGAAGAGGAGUACGCGCAGAGAUUGGUUGACGAGCUCGAAGCGGAGUUCCAAUCUGUUGGGCCAGACAAGAUCAUGGCUUUUAUAGCAGAGACUGUUGGAGGCGCAACAGCAGGCUGCAUCACACCACCAGCUGGAUACUUGGAAGGUGUAGGAAAGGUCUGCCGGAAGUACGGCAUUCUUCUGAUCCUCGACGAAGUCAUGUGUGGAGUUGGACGAUGCGGCACCUUCUUCGCUUUUGAGAAAGAUGGCGAUGUGCGUCCUGAUAUCGUCACGACUGGAAAGGGUCUGGGGGGAGGAUAUGCGCCUAUUGCCGCGACGCUUGUUCACAGACAUAUCAUCGAUACGCUCAAGAAGGGAACGGCGAGUUUCAACCAUGGACACACGUAUCAAGCCCACCCUGUGAGUUGUGCCGCAGCGCUAGCGAUUCAGAAGAUCGUCAGGAGAGAUGGCCUAGUGUCUCGCUCAGCCACACUAGGGGAGCGGUUACACAAGUCUCUCAUCGAGGUAUUUCAAGAUCUAAAAUUCGUGGGGAAUAUUCGAGGUCGAGGGUUAUUCUGGGGGAUGGAGUUUGUGCAGGAUAAGAAGACGAAGAAACCGUUUGAUAGCAAGAUUCGUUUUGGUGUGAGGGUGCAGGAGAGGGCUUUUGAGUUGGGGUUGGCGGUUUAUCCUGGGACUGGGACGGCUGAUGGGCAUAAGGGAGAUCAUAUCAUCUUGUCUCCGCCGUUAACGAUUACGGAGGAGGAGAUGGAUAUGAUGGUUGGGUUGUUGAAAAAGGCUUAUGAUGAUGUUGCUGCUGGUUUCGGUUCUACGGGUUAA